GAUAGGAGCAGUUCAGUGGGUUAAUUCGUUUCCGAGCUACAUAGGUCUAAUCACUCUUGACACUAGUGCCAACUGGCAACUAUUAUGUUGUCAAUUUGGCACUGUUGAGUGUCAAAAUCUCGUAUUUUUAAAAACAUUUAUGGAAGCGUGUGAUAUUUAGUAAUAUUUACCAAUAUUGUUCGCGCACUUUGAGCUAUGGCUACUAUGAUUACCUCGUGGAGUCCUGAAAAAAAACACACUGACGUGGAAAGAUGGAUUUGCAUUUAUCCAGCAUACUUGAAUAGUAAAAAGACACUAGCCCAGGGACGGAAGUUGGCAAAGUCUUAUUGUGUAGAGAAUCCUACCCAUCAAGAGAUAAGAGAUGUGCUGUUAACUACUGGCCUUAAAGUGGGAGUGGAAAAUAAACUAUACCCAAGAGAAAGAAGCAAGGAAAUUCUGUACAGAGGCAGGAUCAGGGUCCAAAUCAAGAAUGAUGAUGGGACCCCGAUCAAACCUGAAUAUCCCACCAGAGAAUCUGUCAUGAAACAUAUUGGUGAAUCAAUCCCUAAACUAAAGACGAGACAAAACAGACCAGCUGAGCAGCAGGCACAGGCUACUAACCAAGCUAGCAAUAAGAGUAAAGGCAAGAAGGGGCGUCGAUAAAAUAGCAAUAAAUACUGUAUGUCAAACAUUUUAUUUUUAAUAAAAGUGACUACAUAU